AGCUGAUCCUUUUCGAAGGCCGACCAAGCAAAACAUGAGAAUGGCUCUGUUCUGGCUUGUGCAAGGUUGUCAAGCAGGGGAUUCUUUGGUGUUUCAUUAUUCGGGGCAUGGAUCACAGCAGCGGAACUACACUGGAGACGAGGUGGAUGGAUAUGAUGAGACACUGUGUCCCUCGGAUUUUGAGACUCAGGGGAUGAUCGUGGAUGAUGAGAUCAAUGCAACAAUUGUUAACCCUCUUCCUGCUGGAGCUAAACUUCAUGCUAUUGUAGAUGCUUGCCAUAGUGGUACUGUGCUAGAUUUGCCAUUUCUCUGUAGAAUGGACAGAAAUGGGAGGUACAUAUGGGAGGACCAUCGUCCUCGAUCAGGUGUUUGGAAGGGAACAAGUGGUGGUGAGGCCAUUUCCUUCAGUGGCUGCGACGAUGAUCAGACCUCUGCUGAUACCUCAGCUCUGUCAAAGAUUACUUCAACUGGUGCCAUGACUUAUGCUUUCAUCCAAGCCAUAGAGCGUGGACAUGCAACUACAUACGGGAACAUGAUGAAUGCAAUGCGAUCCACCAUCCGUAACACCGAUGGUGGUGCUGGAGGCGGUAUUGUGACAUCCCUUAUCUCCAUGCUUUUGACAGGAGGGAGUCUCGGAAAGCUGAGACAGGUAUGUUAUCAAUGCCUCCCAACAGUAGUUUAACCAUAUAGGGAAUCUAAGUUUGUGGGUGUGUCUAUCCUGAUUCCAGAUUCCAUCUAUAACGUCCCUUUGAAUGGUUUUCGCUGCAGGAACCACAGCUAUCUGCCAAUCAACAAUUUGAUGUGUAUACAAAACCUUUCUCCCUAUAGGUAUCGCCAACAAUAUUUUCAUCCUAUUGCAUCAUUCUUACUAUUUGAAUGUGUCCCAACCUCCCAGUAGUGUCUCACUGUUGUGUACUAGUGUGUAGUUAUAGGAUCCAUUUUUGUCAUCUGGUAGGUCUGUUGUAUUCUUCUGUAGUUUGAUCUUCCAUAUAUGCUAUUAUUCUUUGAUUCUUCCAUUAACUGUUCCUGAAAUCUGUAUCAGAAAGUCCCAUCUGAUGGAAUUGUUCCAUAUCUGAUGAAGAUUAGGGCUGACAAAUUGAUUCUCACCUAAUCUCCUCCAUAUCAAUAAUACAGCUUUCAUGAAAAAGACUAUCCAAUACUGAAUGCCCAAUUAUUCUAUAUGUAAGAGAGAAUCCUAUCUUGAUUACGAUUUUCAAA